CUUUAGUCCCGGAGAUCGGGACUGUCCGGACGAGGGGCUGCUCUCAAGUUGUGGUUUCUGCCUCCGCCGCUCGCCCGCCGCUCUCCGCGCGGAACGGGCGCCCAGACGGGUCUUAACUUUGGGAUGAGGCUUCAGCUGCGCCAGCUGACCCCGUGGGUACCGUCGUGACCCCAGCGAUGUCAACGCUCCAGUUCUCCUGACAAGACGCCCGAUACCGAGUGUGGACAGUCAGCCUGGGCCCUCCCAUGGCUUCCCAGAAGAGGUUGGGGGCAGUGACCAAAAAAACCGAGUUCGGGCGCGACCCCCCGCAGGCCACUUAUACCCCAGAGACCUGCGAGCUGCUCCGAGAGAUGAUGAAGGAAUCCAAACUGACCAGCUUCCAGCAGCGUCACAUCCUGUACACCAUGAAAAGAGGAAGCACGCUGCCCCUGCAGUGCAGCCCGACGUGCAGCCACAGCGUGUCCCCACCCAAGCAGCCGGCCACCCCCGUCAUCUACCUGCCUCCUAUCCUGGCUGCCCGGCCCCACCUCCGGCCUGCCAACGUGUGCCAAGCCAACGGGGCCUAUGCCCGGGAGCAGUUCAAGCCUCAGGCCAUCAGAGACGGGGAGAAGGAGAAGCGAAGGCUGCAAAGCAUCCUUGCCACCGGGAAGGAGCCGAAGGAGCCAAAGGAGCGCAGAAGACAGGCCCCCGCUGGGCGCCAGGUGGAGCCGGCCCCCGAGGUGGACCGGUUUGAGGAGCGUAAGCCACUCUGGGCCUGGGCUCUAACGGCGGGGAGUCCCUGAGGGCCACCGAGGGAGAAAGAAACUCCACUCGGCCA